CACCAAUCCUGAAGCAGCAAAGCGAAGCGCAGCUGCGGGCCGCCAGAAUGGGGUAGACGGCGAGUCGCAGGGACCUGAAAAGUUAGGGGCGGGAAUAGCCGACUAGAACCUGCCCACCGGCUGAGGCUGGGAAAACCGUGUGCUGCAGAAUUCUGGCCCCUGGCGGGUUUGAGCUGGGGAGAUAGCGUGGGCGUGGGCCUUAUCUGCACACCGCCAGGAGAGACUGUCCCUGGGCCUCUAUAUCAUUCAUUUUCUCUGGUUCCCCCUAUCUCGUGGCUAAGCCUCUGAACGAAGAUCUCUCUUCCACCAGCACGUUCAUGCGCGCCCUGCCUUAGGUGCUCACAAGGCAGUAAGUGCCCAGAAGUGGGGUACUGGCUCAGUAGGGUUUCUGCAGUUGUAAAGCAGGGUGCCUCCGGUUCUGCCGGGGUAUCUCGACCUUCCCCCAGGCCUUACAAUGGGCCGGACUGUGAUCGUGCUUGGCGGAGGGAUCAGUGGAUUGGCUGCAAGUUAUCAUCUGAUCCGAGGCCCCCGUCCCCCUAAGGUGAUUUUAGUGGAGGGCAGCAAGCGUUUGGGAGGCUGGAUCCGCUCAGUCCGAGGACCAGAUGGUGCGAUCUUUGAACUUGGACCACGAGGAAUUAGGCCGGCUGGAGCGCUGGGAGCCAGGACCCUGCUUUUGGUUUCUGAGCUUGGCUUGGAGUCAGAAGUCUUGCCUGUCCGGGGGAAUCAUCCAGCUGCCCAGAACAGGUUCCUGUAUGUAGGCGGUGCCCUGCACCCCCUACCCUCUGGCCUCAGGGGGCUACUCCGCCCUUCACCCCCCUUCUCGAAACCUCUGUUUUGGGCUGGGCUGAGGGAUUUGAUGACGCCCAGGGGCAAAGAGCUUGAUGAGACCGUGCACAGUUUUGCCCAGCGCCGUCUUGGAUACGAGGUGGCAUCUUUAGCCAUAGACAGUCUUUGCCGAGGAGUGUUUGCAGGCAACAGCCGUGAGCUCAGUGUCCGGUCCUGCUUUCCCAGUCUCUUCCAAGCUGAGCAAACGCAUCGGUCCAUAUUACUGGGGCUGCUGCUGGGGGCAGGACAGAGUCCACAGCUGGAUUCCUCAUUAGUUCGUCAGGCCCGGUCUGAGCAAUGGAGUCAGUGGUCACUCCGUGGAGGGCUGGAGAUGUUGCCCCAGGCCCUUCACAACCACCUAACUAGCAAAGGAGUCACUGUCCUCAGAGGUCAGCCAGUCUGUGGGCUCAGCCUCCAGCCAGAAGGACGCUGGAAGGUGUCUCUAGGGGACAGCAGUCUGGAGGCUGACCACAUUAUUAGUGCCAUUCCAGCUACAGUGCUCAGCAAGCUGCUCCCUGCUGAGGCUGCACCGCUAGCGCAUGUCCUGGGUACCAUCACUUCUGUGUCUGUUGCUGUGGUGAAUCUGCAGUACCAAGGAGCGUGUCUACCUGUCCAGGGCUUUGGGCAUUUGGUGCCAUCAUCGGAAGACCCAACUGUCCUGGGAAUCGUGUAUGACUCAGUUGCCUUUCCUGAGCAGGACGGGAACCCCCCAGGCCUCAGAGUAACUGUGAUGUUGGGAGGCUACUGGUUACAGAAGCUGGAAGCUAACGGCCAUCAAUUGUCUCCAGAGCUAUUCAAACAGCAAGCACAGGAAGCAGUUGCUACACACUUAGGACUGAAGGAGCGACCAAGUCACUGCUUGGCCCAUCUACACAAGAACUGUAUCCCUCAGUAUACACUAGGCCACUGGCAAAAACUAGAGUCGGCUAAGCAAUUCCUGACCACUCAGAGGCUGCCCCUGACUUUGGCUGGAGCGUCCUAUGAGGGGGUCGCGGUCAAUGACUGUAUAGAGAGUGGGCGUCAGGCAGCAAUUGCUGUCCUGGGCACAGGACCUAACAGCUGAUUCCCCAGCUCCCGUUCAGGAAAAUAAAAGUUGCUCGAACUUA